AUGCCUCUUUUUGUAUGCGUCCGCUAUGACCCAUCGGCACUUAAAAAGCUUGCAACAAGAACGGUGUGUGCAUUGUUGGGGCGGGCAAAUAAAAUCGAAACGUUGACUCAUAUUCCGAUUGUCUCGCGGACUGCCUCGGAAUUCCGAUGGCUGAUAGCUAUUGGCAAAACAGAAGAUGUGACUUUCGUUGAGCCCCUCGAAUCGAGCGGGGAAAUUUUUGCUCUUCCGUUUGCAGAGAAUAAUCGGAUAGGGGCUCCUGCUGAGAAUCUAGUUCUACUCGCAAACAUCACCUACAACUUGUGUCUCACUAAAUUCGCCGACGUCUAUGGAGAUCUGGCGCAAGAGUUGGGGCAGCAAGUCAUCUUCAACUUGGAACAGCCGGGAAAUUGCGCCAAAACAAUCACCUCGGCAUUUUUCGCGCAGCCGGAAGGCUUUCGUGUGCAGGCUCAGUUGACAAAUUUUACGGAAAAACACAAAAUUUUUUGCUUCACCACCGCCACCACGUUUUCGAUGGCCACCGGCGCGCUUCGCAUCGAGAUUACGAAUAUUCAAGGCGGGACCCCGCCAAAGCCCUGGCAUCAGCUGUUUACCGUUUACGGAGACGAGUACCGCAUCGUUGCCAACAGCCGCGAUAUUCCCAACUACGGGGUGAAUAUGAUGAUCGCCGCCGGGCCUGCCAAGAAAUACAUUUUCUACCAGCCCUCGGCGGAGAUCGACCUCGCCUCGGUCGCCAUACAGCUCAAGCUGGACGGCGAUUGUCCGGCCAAUGUUUGGCAGGGGCUGACACGCAACGAACAAACGCACUUUUAUGGAGAUGCCGGCCAGGUAUGCGGGGAGAAAGUCUACCGUACCCUGAUACCGGAUCCGAUCUAUGGACGGUACCUGACGUUUGAGAUCGACGAACACAGCGGCCAGUGUAAUGCCACAAUGUUCACGAAACGGCCAGCCCGAAUACCCUCGUACGCGGUGGUGUCGGCAGGUGUGCUGACCUCCUACCAAUAUGUGGACGCGAAAGCCACCACCCAAACGAUGCGCUACUAUCUCAGAAAUACCGGAAAUGGCAGCUAUCUGACUUUCGAAUUACUUGGCACGCUACCCGCCGGGGCAAGCUUGACAGUGGAUGAACAGAAGGAGACGAAGUACCUCUCGAACACGGCCUGUUCGACGCAAACGUACAGUCACGAAGUGUGGGUGAACUACAAUUGGACGUGUUCGCCUCUCGUUUCGCUCAGCAACUGCCAGAGCGGGUUGCUGUUAAGAUACACUGCAGUCCAGGACGCGGUUGCGACAACAACAACAAAAGCCGCCAUUUCCCGAUCUUCGCUCGGCACACCCGCGGUUUUAAUUUAUUUCCUUACGUUGAGCUUG